AUGAUAGGAAGAGUCAUAUCUUCUCAUGUCAGAAUAGAGUUUUGGUACACUUUGUCUCCAUUACAGAAUGAACUGAGUGAGGAAUAUACAUUGGAAAUAAUUAAUGCUUUGAAUGGAAAAGACAUUGAUAAAUUAAUGUCAAUUGGAAAGAAGAUAAUACCUAUUAUCAAGAAAGUUAAGGAUGACAAAGGUGUGUCUAUACUGAUGAGACUGUUUACUGAUGAUGAAGAUGAAAAAACUGAUCUCCCUUACCAUCAGCUUGUCCCUGGUGGACUCCAUCCUGGGAUGUCUGUAUAUAUGCAAGGCACAGUGCCCAGACACAAGAACAGCACUUGGGUGAAUUUCCAGCUGGACUUUGCCUGUGGCCACCAUAAGGAGGCUGAUGUUCCCCUCCACCUCACGCAUCACAUCAAUGCAGAGACGUUUGGGCUCAACACAUUUCAGGCUGGCAGGUGGGGGAAGGAAGAGAAACAUAUGAAUUUCUUCCAAAAAGGCGACCAAAUCGAGGUCAUCUUGAUUGUCCGUGAUUUCGGAUACGAGGUCCUGAUGAACAGGAAGUGCAUAUGCAGCUAUCACCACAGAAUCCCCCCACAAAACGUCCAGGUCAUUAGGAUUGAUGGAGACCUGGAACUGCAAUUUCUGUCCGUAGUGGGAGGAGCAAUGAUGACUACCCCUUACAGUCAUCCUGUCUCUGAUGGACUCCAUCCUGGAAUGUCUGUAUACGUGCAAGGCAAAGUGCCCAGAAGGGGCCACAAUUUCAGGAUGGACUUUGCCAUUGGUAAAUUUGAGGAGGGUGACAUUCUCCUCCACUUCAACCCUCGUAUUAAUCAAGGGAUAGUUGUGCUCAACUCAUAUGAAUCUCGCAGGUGGCGAAAAGAAGAUAGAUAUAUGAAACCCUUACAGAAGGGUGAGAAUUUUGAGAUCAUCUUCAUUGUCAAUGAGGCCGAAUACCAGGUCCUGCUGAACGGAAGCCCCCUCUGCAAGUUCGAGCACAGAAUCUCACCCCAAUUUGUAAAGUUCGUUAACUUUCAUGGACACCUGACCCUUCAAUCUCUGACCAUGGUGAGAGGACAAAUAGUGGGGAACAUGCUGUUGACAGGCUCUGCAGUCUACUACCCACCAGAGCCCUACACGGGCAACAUUCCUGGAGGUCUGGGAACCAGCAGGACCAUCACAGUGCGAGGCUUUAUUCUGAAGGACGCUAAAAGCUUUGUAAUCAAUUUAAAGGCUGGCCAGAAUAUUGCUCUGCACCUUAAUCCACGCAUGAAACCAAGGAGAUAUGUGGUGCGCAACACUUGUCUGAAAGGCAGCUGGGGAGAUGAGGAAGAUGAUUUGCCCUUUAACCCUUUCCAUUUCGGGCAAUACUUUGAGGUCUCGAUCUGCUGUGACAAAGAAAAGUUCAAGGUUUAUACCAGCGGCCGUCACCUGUUCAACUUUAACCAUCGUUAUGCCACUAUUCAACGUAUCCGCACUCUCGAGAUCAAAGGAGACGUGACCAUUUCCUAUAUCAAGUAUUAAGCAAUGUGGGGGAGACAUCAGUAGCAGCACAGAUCCUCCCCCUCUUUUCUCUCUGUCUGCCAGUACACUUCGAAUUCUGCUGGAAAUCUACAAGCUCCAGUAAAUAAAUCAGUCAAUUAAUCAAUCAAUC